CCAAUUUUUGAGUGACGGGGGGUUUAAUAAAAAGCCAUUGUUGAAAUUUUGUAGUCUCCAACUUGAAGUGAUCGCGCUUUAAUGUUUAAAGAUUGUGAGCAUGGUCUCUGAAUCUUCUAUGAUUUUGUUGUCAUUUGAAGGGCGAGGCAAAAAACUAGAUUCUGCAGAAGAUGCACAAGAGUUUUUUGAAGCAAUUGUCACCAGCGGAGAAAUUGAAGUGCUCCAAUUGAAUGGAAAUACAGUAGGAGUGGAUGCUGCUUAUGUACUGAAAAAUGCGCUGACCAAAAAGUCGAGCUUAAAGCGUCUCAUAUGGCAUGAUAUUUUCACUGGAAGAUCGCGUGAAGAGUUGCCACCAUCUCUACAAGCAAUGAAUGAGGGUGUGAUGCAAUCAGGUGCCCAAUUAGUUGAGAUAAACUUAAGUGACAAUGCUUUCGGCCCAGCUGGUGUUGAGGGAAUCAAAGAUAUACUCGCUGACAGGUCCUGUUUUACACUUAAAGAGCUUAGGUUGAAUAAUAAUGGACUCGGAACUUUCGGAGCUGAAGCUUUGGCCAAUGCCCUUAUUGAAGGUCAUACCAACAGUCUUCAGAACGCUGAUGAACCCAUGCAUCUUGAAAUUUUCAUUGCCGGGCGAAAUCGUCUUGAAAAUCCGGGCUGUACUAACAUGGCCAAAGUUUUUGACAUGAUGCGAUCACUUGUGCAAAUUGAAAUCCCACAGAAUGGAAUUCAAGCUCCCGGCAUAUCGGCUCUGGCCGAGUCCUUGCAAUAUAAUACCAAACUGAAAAUCUUAAACUUAAACGACAAUAUUGUUACCGAAAAAGGCGCAAUUCCUUUGAUAGAAGGUUUGAAGAAUUUGAGAAACUUGGAAGUGAUAAAUUUAGGAGAUUGUAUCAUUCGCAAUGAAGGCGCCCUUAAAGUAGCGCAAGUGGCAGAGCACAGCUGGCCUGUGCUUAAAACUCUAGUUUUGUCUUAUUGUGAAAUCGAAGCUUCAGGAGGGGUGGCUCUGGCAAGCUCACUGAAAAACAAAGGCUGCCUUGAAUUAUUAGAUCUGAACGGAAACUGUUUUGGGAAUCAAGGAAUUGAUGAAAUAAGACAAACGUUUUUCCAGCCAGGUCAGCAUAAUGAAAGCGUACUCGGAAGUUUUGAAGACGAUCAAGGCGAACCGGAAUACGAUGAGGUAUAUGCAAAUGACAACGAAAGUCAAGACAAAUUCAUCACUGAUGAGAAUACUUUGAAGAGGUUCUUAGAUUGCCCAAACUCCGAUAUCUUGAAAUCUUUUGGACCGAAGUAUAUCGAAGUUGUCAUGAACCAGAGUGGCAAGUAUUUGGAACGCGUAGAGCUCCUCUCCAAUCUUUUCAUGGACAUUGCUGCUGGAUGCGAAGCAGAUGAAUUGACCUUGAACCUUCUCGACAGCAUGUUACGAGAAUCAGUCAAUUGUCACAACGUCAACUUAAUGCGAUUCUGUGAUAUUAUUUUGGAACAAUGUGGUCUCAUUAAAAGUGAAACGAAAGUCAAACCACGUCAAAAUCUGACAGGUCUAUUGAAAGCAUUGGCCCAUAUUGUGAAGCAAGAUUAUUUCAAUCGUAAUAUGCGAUUAGUACUGAGAACAUUUUUUGAUCGUUUGGAUUUUAGUGAAGAGCAAUCGAAAUUAAUGCAAGUUCUGUAUUCUUCUUGAAGUCUUUUUGUGCCUGUACGAGUGCUUAGUGGCAGCUUUUAUUUCAUUCUUUCUUUUUGAAAUCUAAAGUAUAAUUUUGAAAUCUAACAAUUGUUUUUGUUGUAUCUAUUAUAUUUAUGCGCAUAGUUGGUAACAUUCAACUCCAAGCUUGAUCCAGCUGGUUAUGAAGCAUUGUUGAUUCUUUGGCUGUUGUAACAUAUAAUUCAUUCGUCUUUAAAAAAAUCAACUCACAAAUGUAGAUCA